CUGCGGUGUCCGACUUCCGGCGUGGGUGCGGGUGGGCACACGCGGCCGCCGUCCGGUUGACUUUGCGGAGCCAUGGAGGGUGCCUUCGGCUCGGAUUUCGGGAGCUCCGGCGGUGGGAAGCUGGACCCCGGGCUUAUCAUGGAGCAGGUGAAAGUGCAGAUCGCCGUGGCCAACGCGCAAGAGCUGCUGCAGAGGAUGACGGACAAGUGCUUCCGGAAGUGCAUCGGGAAGCCGGGGGGCUCCCUGGACAAUUCGGAGCAGAAGUGCAUCGCCAUGUGCAUGGACCGCUACAUGGACGCCUGGAACACCGUGUCCCGUGCCUAUAACUCGCGGCUGCAGCGGGAACGAGCCAACAUGUGACCGCGACGCGCCAGCAGGCCACCCCCCAGCCUUGCCCCAGACCCGGACCCAUUUCCGUAAAUGCUGUUUGUGAGGCGGGGGCCAGCCUGUGCGUACUGCCUGCCAGAAGUUUAUGAGAAUAAGAUUGGUGCUGGGACAAUUGGGACUCUGCCCGGCCCGUCCGCCUACAUGCACACGUGUUAGUGGGUGUAGCUUGGGUCUUGGGAGGGCCCUGGCCCCGGUGCCACCUCCCCUUGUGCGCCCGUUACCGAAGUAAGUCCUGUAGACCCUGCUGGGGUCGCAGCAGAGUUGACACAGCACGAGUAUUAUUCAGCGACCGAAUAAAUGGAACAGCGGGAGCUAAGUUCACAGCUGAACUUCUCACCCACCUGGCGAGGGGGAUUUGAUUUUAAAGGGAGGAGUGAGGUUAAUGAUGGGGAGGUACACGCAUUAGUCUACUGGGGAAGGGGCAAGGAUUUUUUGAGGGAGUUGUGGGGGACACCGUUUUUAUUCUGUUUUGGUCUUUAUGUAUUGGCCUCUGGUAGGUGUGUCAUUUAAUAUGUUAAUAUAGUAAAA